GAACGCUUGAUCUUUUUCCUGAACGCUCGACGGUGGAGUGGAAUCGACAUCGACGGCGAGUGCCAUCGCUCUUGAACACCGCUAGCGUUCAUGGCUCGCAACUGCCACAACUGAGCAGAGAGCACGGUAUUUCUCCGAUAUCUGUAUCUAUAAUAUCGUACCGGUUGCCCUAUUCUGCCAUUUUACCUUAUCACUAUUGGGCCCACCACUGCAGGUUGGCUGGGAACCUUGGAUACUGCAUCGAAAAUAAGGAACAUUCCAGUCCGUUCCUCCCUUAUGACUGGUUCUGAGCCCGGUGGGGCCCCCGCUGGUCAUGACGCGCCCGGCGUCCACGCUGGAGCCACAAGAUAUGACGUCGGGGAGCACGGAGGCCUUGCCCAUGACUCGGGGGAACCGUCCGAGGUCGACCGGGUCCAGGAGUUCCGGGACCGCAUCAUGUACGCCGGGCACGUCGCACCCCUCGAUUACGUUUCCGACACUCCGCGGCCGCCCGUCUUCCUCUGCGAAGCCUUUACUGCGCCGCCGAAUCUCCAGAAAUGGUCGCACCCCGACCCGCCGAUUACCGAAAUCGACAGGCCGCCGCGCACGCCGUCUAUGCCCUACUCGCACAUGGGCAUCUACCGCGGCCCUGAGGUGCUCGGGUCGGGCGAUAAUACGUCUGUGCGCACCACCGACGGCAAGGCGGAUGACAGCAGCGCUAGCGGCCGGCCGCGGGGGCUGAUGAUGCAUGCACCGACAGCCCCGCCGCCGUACCCCAAGCCGACGGACGUCCAGUCGUGGAUAAUGGCACAUCAGGCACUGGCGACGCCCGUCAGGGGCCCAGCAUCGGCGCCUGUCGUGUGCAGCACCGAGGACACCUAUCCCACCAGCGUCGAAUCGUUGGAGCGUCCAUACAACUGGAUUGAAGAUGUAGCAAGCGACCA